AAGAUCUCGAUCAAGGCAAGGCCCAGCCCAAUUUUCGGACGCGCACCGACGAACGACAGACCUAGAAUGUAGAAACCACAGACAGGAGAGGGAAAGAUACGAAGCUACGGUUCCUCCUCGCGCUUCAACGCCCCCAAACUGAAACCCAAAGCUUUCUGCACCAACAAAUCAUAAUCCUUAGUGGCCCAAAUUAUUGAUUCAUAUAACACUGUACAUCAUUUUUAUAGAGUUGGUUUCCUUUUUUUAAAAAAAUUUAAUCGGUUGACAUAAUGCAAAUACUACCCAGAUGGCGAAACGUUUUGAUUCUCAAGAAUUCGAUAAUUCAGUCAACAACAACAGCCGCUUCGUUUCAUUCCACUCCCAUUUCCUUCGACAAAUGGAAAACCAAGUUGAACCCUGGUGUAAGACGAGGUCAACAACCAUCUAAGAAUCAUAUUAGAUAUGAAAUUCGUCAAAAGCGUGCCGAUGCAAAGAGAGCUCUAAAAGAUCUUCUCUUCAGUAGUGGUUCCUCGAAAAUUACAUUUCAGGAUCACUUUCCAAAACUGGAUGGAACAACCAGCUGGAACACAGAGCAUGCUGAUCAUUCAGACAUUUCUGGCAAAAGAAGUCGAUCAAACACUUCUACGCGCCAUUCCAGUAAAGCUCAGCACAAGAGAAUGAAACGUAAGGCUAGACAAGAGAGUUUCUCUGAUGAUUUUGACGGACAUCAUGAGACAGUUUUUCAAGCAACAUUUGGAAACAGAUGGUAUACUUGGUCAUUCAAGUCAUGGGAGGAGUCCAAUUUUCACACAUCAACAAAUGGAUUUGAGUGGAGGGGCCAUCCAAACUGGAAUAACAGUAGAAAUAGAGAAUGGCAGAAUGCAAGUGAUAUCGAAUCUGAUGAUGAGUCAUGCAUCAUUGGUUCAUCUUCUGAAAGAGCAAUACUUGGUCUACCCUCAAGAGGUCCUUUGAAGAUAGAAGACGUAAAAAAUGCUUUUCGCUUAUCAGCUUUAAAGUGGCAUCCUGAUAAGCAUCAAGGGUCCUCACAGGCAAUGGCAGAAGAGAAAUUCAAACAUUGUGUCGAUGCAUACAGAUCACUAUGCAAUGCACUUUCCUCAGCUUAAACUAUCUAGAUCUAAUUUGUGUUCUCGUUCUCUCUUCGACAAAUUCUCUUGAAUCUCUCUAUGACUAUGAGUAUCUGAAUGAAGACAACAAGAUCCCAAUAACUGGUUUUCCCUUGCUCAUCCAUUACAACACUUUCUUGAAGUCUUCAUCUUCGGUCACUAAAACUGUUUGACAAUUGUUCUCCACACUUUGCCCGUUAGUUGUGUGUUCAAGCCUCCAGACUUGACCAAUGUUUCAUUCCAGCUACCGAGGCUGAACAGUUGAUUACCUUGCAGAUUCUUGAUAAUUUUCUGGGACAAUGGAUACAUCAAGAUUACACACAUCUUCAUUUUGGGGUUGUUCAUCUUGCUCUGUACCUUUCAUGGUAGAAAAGGUCUCCGGUGGUCUCUCGCAUUGCUCUCAUGGAUAUUAGAUUCCACAAAUACCAACAUGCCUGUUUUGCAGCAGUUCAAACAAAUCUUUAGUCAGGCACAAUUCUUUUGACUUUUUACCUAAAUUUCAACAUGCCUCUAACCCGCACCGUCUUUCUGCACCUUCAUAGUACAAGGAUAAAUUGGUGGCAUUUACAACAUAUGCCAAAACAAUGCCUUUGAUAUGUCUUUUCCAACUUCUACUGAAGAUGCUUUGAUGCUCACCGUAGAUUCUCCACAGCAGGGCACUUCUGUUCAUAUAUUCCCUGCCAACUCUCACAAGCAGAACUCAUUAAGUAAUUUUCAGACGCCUGGAUCACAACUUAUGAGCAAACUAGCUAGUCCAAUCAACAAAUCCUCACUAUACUAUUUUCCCAAAUGGUUCAGUGGAAAUCACCUUCCUCAAAGGUGGCCCCGAUAAACGCACCUAUAAUUUUCACUCCUGAAAUCAACAUUUGUGUUAGAGAAAUUGUCUAUUUGGGACAGGGUAUUCACCUUUUUGUCUCGUCUAUUUCUGGGAACACUGUUGGGCAUUAUAACCCUUUUGCUUACAAAUGUAACAACAAAUCGGACUUGUGUUUUCCUGUGAAUGGUUUCUUUUUGAAAUAUUGCCAUUAAUGUUUGCGAGA